AGACUCUAGACUCACCCCCCACUGCAGCCGCUUGCACUGACGUCCCAGAUGCCACGCGCGGCCCUCGCAGCGAUUCCGUCAGGCAGCCUGGUCGCUAACCUGAUAAAAGACGCCUGACCUGUCGUCGCAUGCGCCAACCCGAGCCACAGUUGACACUAGCCUUAACUGCUGUGGGAGCUGCUCCGUUUCAUCAACUGAAGGUCCACAUCAGUGCUCCCAACCUCCGACUCUCAACUGCACCUCUCGAUGCUCACAAACGACCAACAGCGCCUGCUUUGAGCUUCCAGCGAUGUUUCGCAACCGAUCCUCACAAGCAAAGCCGAACGACGAGCUGCUGGAGAACUUCAAAGCAAGCUUCCCUCACCUCGCGCAGCGUUCACACUCGAUCGCAGGCGUGCCAGGCCACACGCUCACCGAUGCGCUCGACGUAGCACAUACCCACAGACCUGGCGAUGCCGACGACAUCAAGGACCAGGACCCUACGCCACGGGGAAACAACGAGCCAUGGAGGUUCACGCCCUCGCUUCUCGACCCCAACAGCUUUGCAUUCACGUCCUUUGCCAACCAGCCUCCUGGCUAUUACACGCCUACGCCGGGCGGCACCAACACCCUGUACCACAGCCAGGCCGGCGACCUGCACACGCCGGGCUUCAGCUUCGGCCUAGGCACGCCUCUCUCCCUCCCCACUUCUGAAGGUGCCGUCCACGCUGGCCAGACUGCGCCCAAUCCCCACCUCCAGGGCUUCAAUCCUCACGCUCUAGGCACCCACCACCACUUCCAGAACACCAACCCCUUUGGACUCCAACCGCAACAUACUCAGUCCUUUGCGCCGCAUCAAUUCACGCACCAGCCAUCUGCGUUCGACCAUGCCUCCCUUCCCCAGCCGCAUGAGGAUUCUCCUAUGGAGAACGUCAUUCCAGAAGUCGAGAUGCAGUCUCCUCUUAUUGGGUUCGCUCCCCAGCCAUAUGAAGACAACCUAGCGGGUGCAGUAGGCCCGGUCCAGGCCCAGCCGCUUCACCCCACUCAGAACUUCCGCUACCACGUUACCCUGAACGCACCAACUGCAAUGGUAAAGCAGUCAGAUGAAGUUCCCGUGACCUAUCUGAACAAGGGCCAAGCAUACACCAUCUCGCUAGUCGAUACAGCACCUGGCCAGACGCUACCGGUAACGCUCAAGUACCGGACCUUUGUCCGAAUCUCCUUCGAGGAUGAGCAGCAACGACAGCGCCCUGCUGCCUGCUGGCAGCUCUGGAAAGAGGGUCGCGGUACCAACGAGGCACAUCAACGCGGCGGUCGCCUCCAGGCAGUCGAGUUUGUGGACCCAAGCCAAGUUGGCGGCGGUGAAGUCCAAGGGCGGCCAAGAGUCGACCUUGAGUCGUCGUCUUUCGAUGGCUUCGUAGUAACGUGGACACCCGCGCCCAACGCUGCUCCUGAAUGCUCCUUAGCAGUCCGUUUCAACUUCCUCUCUACCGAUUUCAGCCACUCGAAAGGUGUGAAAGGUAUCCCAGUCCGCCUCUGCGCCAAAACGGAGCUUGUGUCAGAAGCCACCGGAUCACCAUCAGAGAAGACGACUGCUGAGCUUUGUUAUUGCAAAGUCAAGCUCUUCCGAGACCACGGCGCCGAGCGAAAGCUGUCGAAUGACGUCGCGCACGUCAAGAAGACCAUUGACAAGCUGAAGCAGCAAAUCGCGCAGGUCGAGUCUGGCAUGAAGGACUUUGGAAAGCGCAAACGCACAGGUGAUGACAAGAGCGGCAGCUCCAGGCCCGGCAAGCUGCAAAAGCACAAGAGGACCUGGUCAAUGUCUUCAGCAAGCGAUAAUCAGGGAGCUCGACCGGCUGCGGAAGAAGAUUUGCACAUCAAGCUGGCGUCACUCCAGGACAUGUUCAGCUCCACAAGACCCGUGAGCGUUCUCUACUUGAAGGGCGAGGAGCAGGAUGAUCCAGACGUUCACCCGGUCCAAAUGUCCUCCACUCCUCAAGAACUCUCCAAAAUCGACACAAAUGUGGACUCGCAGAUGUGGGAGCGCCCCAGCUCUCAGACCGGCAACUCAUCAAUGGUAUCACCAACUCCCAGCUCGCAAUCUCUGCAUUCCGAGAACCGCAGGAGCUCCUCGUUCCAGCGUCCAGGACCUUAUGGACCACCAUCGCGCAUGACUUCGGGCGAGUGGAGGAGUCUCCCACAGACUGCUACAGGUGACCUCAAAGGCGUGGUCGCCAUGCAUGGCGGUUCAGACGUACCGACCAAAGUUCAGAGGCCGUACUCCGACGAUCAUGCCCUUUCUGGGUGGAUUGAGGCUCUGGGUGUGGACCAGACCUAUCAGCCACCGCCCGAGCCCAUGCUCAAGCCAGUUGCUUGCUUCUUCGUCCAGCCAAGGAUCGCCGGCCGACAACCAGACAAUAAUUACUUCCGUGCUGUCUACGUAAUGGAGCGCUCAGUGAAGGCGCUUGUAAGCAGUAUCGCCAUGAAGAUCAACAUCGAGCCUACCAAAGUCACACGCACCAUCCGGGUCAACCAAAAAGGUCUACGCAUAUUAAUGGAUGACGAUGCCAUCAACGCCAUCCCUGAGCAGCAGGACAUGGCCGCCGAGUUCCAUGAGAUUGGUACGCCUCCCGUCCAGCCCAUGAAACGAGACUGGGACGCCGGCCCCACAGACAUUCAGGUUGACGGCGACAUGUCAGUAGUCGAAGCUGUGCAUUCGACUGGUUAUGAACUUCGACUUCUCUUCUAGACGCUGAACCAGCAGUCCGAGAUGUUCAUCAUUUUCGCGGCCAUUAGACUCACGACCCAUCCAUACUCAUGAUUUUGCACCACUCGUACACUGGUAGCGAGUUCUACUCGCCCUAUAGGGCCCAAUUGUGUCGAUCUGUGUCAUUUGACACAAUGUCAUACUUGCAGGCGUUGAGAAGUUUUGGAGAUACCAACCGUUCCCUGGGAACGAAGUACCUUUCUUUGUGUUGAUAUACCUCGCCCUUUCUACUUCUUUCGGUUCGACAACGAUACCCAUAUACCAUUUCACUUUUCAGCGAUUUCAGAUUGGAUUGUAGGAUGCGAGGGUGGUACAUACACGCGCUAGGUGGCGCAGCGGCGAAGCAGUAAUUGUCUCUAGGUACAAGCAGAGAGGGCGGCCUUGCAUUCUGGCGAGGACAACGGGACCCUCUCCGUCAGACGAAUACAAAUCAUU